GCAUCUCAUCCCCGGUGAAGAAGACAGAGAUGGACAAGUCACCGUUCAACAGCCCAUCCCCCCAGGACUCUCCCCGACUCUCCAGCUUCACCCAGCACCACCGGCCCGUCAUCGCCGUACACAGCGGGAUCGCCCGGAGCCCCCACCCGUCCUCUGCUCUGCAUUUCCCCACGACAUCCAUCCUGCCCCAGACGGCCUCCACCUACUUCCCCCACACGGCCAUCCGCUAUCCGCCUCAUCUCAACCCCCAGGACCCGCUCAAAGAUCUCGUCUCGCUGGCCUGCGACCCAUCCAGCCAGCAACCUGGACCGUUAAAUGGAAGUGGUCAGCUCAAAAUGCCCAGCCACUGCCUUUCCGCUCAGAUGCUGGCUCCUCCGCCCCCGGGGCUGCCACGGCUGGCGCUCCCCCCUGCCACCAAACCCGCCACCACCUCCGAGGGAGGAGCCACGUCGCCGACCUCGCCCUCCUACCCUCCGCCAGACACGCCCCCUGCAAACCGUUCCUUUGUGGGAUUAGGACCAAGGGAUCCUGCGGGCAUUUAUCAGGCACAGUCCUGGUAUCUGGGAUAGCAAAGGUCUUCUUCCCCUGCCCCUUCUCCAUCGUCCCAGGAAUCCCGGGGGGCAGCACAGCCGGCCCCCGGCCCACGUUUUCGGUGAACAAGGACACCCUGCCGACUCCCAGCCCGGCCGAAAAGACAGAACACACAGACACAAAUGCGCAGGAGGGAAAGAAAGAUACAAAGGAAAAAAGAAGGAAAAAUAAACCCACCCAACCAAGAAGACAAAAGGUAAAGACACGUUUCCAGCUCUCUGGAUGCCGAGGCCGCAGGACUGGAGGGCCAGCCCCGCCACCCCACGGGAGCCCCGGGACAGGGGCGUCUUCCUCAGUCACUCAUCUCUCCGCCUGCUGCUCGGGAAGGACAGACACCCGCCGCCCACCCACGCCCCCGAGGCCCUGACUGUCUGGAGGAGACCAGGUGAGCGCAGCCUGGAGCCUGCACCCAGGGCCGACAGGCGUGACACCCAGCAAGGCCACCUCUCCCGGGGCCCGCACCUCUGCCGGACAUGGACCGGCCCCCUCCCCCAGGACGCAGCUGCUAGGGGGAAGGGAGAUGCUGCGGACCCCUGCUGGGCAGCGGACACCUCAGAGGUGGACAGGGUGGGGCAGGCGAGUGGCGAUGUCCAGGGGGUGUGUGGCGUUUCGUGGCCCUGGCCAGGGGAGGAAGCGAGGCCCAGGCACCUGCUGCCCCUCCAGCGGGUCCUGCCUGCCGUGCGGCCUCCCCACACGCCCUCCCAAAGCGCCGGCCGACUCGAGACAGCUGUCCGGCUGGGGACUCUCAGCCCUCGCGCCCGCCCGUUUGGGAGGAGAAGUCUCUAUGCAAUUGACCCCACCCCGCACCGGAGGCCCCCCACCCCAGCUUGCCCAGCUCACACCCCCAAAGGGAGGGACCCACAUUGCACACACUGUAAGAAAUGCACUUUCCGAGGAAGGGGACGGGGGAGCCGGGACACCCAGAGCUCCCCGAGUUGGGGGGUGCCCGUCUGGAGCCCCCCAUGAGUCCCUGGCGGUGGGAGGUGAGAGCGAGUGGUUUAAGUGCCUGAUUCCCACCACCCGCCCCCCCCUUUGUCCAGCUGGGACACGGAGUGGCCAUGGGCCUCCUCCCCCACCCCUCCAGUCCCCCCACUGGCCCCUCCAGUCACCCCUCAUCGCCGUGUCCCCCUCAGAGCUAGAGAGACGGGGCCCCUGUGCGGCCAAGGGGCAGAGCUGGGCGUCACCUCCCGAGCGUCCUGCCCUCCCCUGCCAGCGCCCCCCACGCCUCCGCUGCCAGUGCCUUACAUUCUGGAGCGACCUCCCUCCCCGGUGCCUCCCAGCCCAGGGGGCCCGUUUGCACUUUCAUCGUCCGCCCCCCGCAGGGGGCUCAGCUGGGAGGAUGCGACUCCCGGCUGGGUCCCCGAGGUGAGAGGAGGCCGGCGCCAGUGGGUCCUCGCUCGGGAUGGGGAGGGCUUUGGGCGGGGCUUCGGCGUCGCACCUCGGGGCCCCCCGCGGCCGUGUAGGGGGCCUUCCAUCUGCUAAGCGUUUUCCGUUGAGCCGCUCCAAAAACACUAAGCUGGGGACGCCAGGUUCCCCCACCCCACCCCCCGGCCCCACCCACACCUCCACCUCCACCCCGGGAUCGCCAUCUUUAGGGGAGGCCUGGGAGGGGGGGUUAGGUGUUUUAGGGCCACCGAGCUCAAACACAAGGACCCCUCUCCCAGCCCACCCCCAACUGACCUCCAUGCCUAGGGAGAAACCCCCCCACCACAGCCCCCACCCAGGGCCAAAGCCAGGGCAGGGUCUCCGGGUCUCACCUGCUCCCAGCCUCACCCCGACCCCCACCACCUGUCCCGAAAACCAGACUCUCCUCCCAAACCAGCCCCAGGGGCUUGGCGAACACACUCGCUCCCAAAGAGAAAGACCCAGGACCCUUCCCUGUCACCCCGAGAGAGGUUCUCCAUCCUCUGGCCUCAAUCCCUUGGUCCGUCCGUCUGUCCUCAGGGCCCUGGCCCCCCUCCACCGGUGGCCCUUGGGGACCAAAGCGUGAGCCGCUCUCCAGGAGGGCGGGUGUGGGCGGGGGGUAGGGUCGUGCUGUUGGAGUAUCUGGAAGCUUCUCAGCCAGGGUGGGGGUCGUGGGGUGCAAGUGGGGGCCAGCCGGGCUCCCAAGGGGUCAGGGCGCAUCGAGAACCAACUCUUUACCUAACUUUGCAUGGUGCUUAGUCAAGGACUCCUGUGUCCUGGCCCCUGAGGUCAGCUGGCGGCGCUGACACAUGCAUGGCAGACGAUACCUGGCUCUAUCUCCCUCCCCCUCGCCCCCCUCCACUCCCAACUCCCUCUUAAAAAAAAAAAAAAAAAGAUACAAAAAAAAAAACCUUAAAAAAAAUUCCAUGUUUCCUAAUUUGCACGAAAUUUUCUACCACAAAAUGUGCCUUGCCUUCCGAGAGUAUUACCUUUAAACAAUAUCAGCGCACACACAUAGCUGCAUGUUCUGCUCGUGUAGUUAAAAAAAAAGACAAAACAGUGACAUGAAAUAAAAAAAUAAAAAUUGAAAAGGGAUGUAUUUCUAUUUGUAAAAAAAUAAUAAUAAUAAAAAUAAAAAAUAAGAAAGUGAGAAUCUUUAAAAAAAAAAAAAGGAAGAAACACCCGGUCCCCUGGCUCCCCUCUGUCCUGUCUCCCCUCCCGCUGUACUCAGGGGCGCCCCCUGGUGCUCAGCCUCUACCACCCCCGGCCCUGCUCUCGGUGCCCAGAGGACAGACCUCCGGGGCUCAUCCUGGUCCCCGGGAAGGUCUCUCCUCUCCGAUUGGUCCUGGGCCAUGGGCUGGCCCCCAGACACCAUUCACUGACCCACUGCAGGCCAUUCCCCCGCAACUGUAGGGCGGCCAGACUCCCCCUCCCCACCUUGCAUGCUGGCGUCCCCCCAGCUCAGGGUCAAAUGCUGUCCUGCUCCCACCUCAGAGGCACCCCCUCUCCCCCGCCCCGUGCACCCCCCCCUUCUUGCCAAAGGACCUGCUUCUCCCCUAUCCGGAGACCACCCUCUUCUUUGUCCCCUUUGCCCUGUCUUCCGUCUUCCAGCUGUGAAUAGGAACGAAACAAAAAAACAAAACCUGAUAUAUGCAAUAUCUGUGUGUCUAUACCCUUGGCCUGGCUCAGCCACCCGAGGCCCCGCCGAGGGUCCGGCAGGGCACAGGGACAGCCAGGCGGCACCGAGUCGCGGGCCGUGGUCUGGUGGCUGACCAUGCUGUUGUCUUGAUUCUUUCUCUUGUUCUUUCUCUUUCUUUCGAACUCCAGCUUCCUUUGCUUUUUUCUUGACCAAAGCUAAGACAAUAGCCAGAUGGUUAGUGGGGCAGCCAGGCAGGGAGGACCCGGGGUGCGAUGCCCCAGCGUUAGGCGGUUCCUGCAGUGCUUGACACCCCCGGGCAUCUCAUGCAGGGACCCACACAGAUGGUCCCCUCCAUUCACCAUUGCCCGCCGUCAGGGUGCCGGGUGGUCUCCACAGCCACCAUCAUACACUCACCCCAUGUUUUCUUCCAAAAAGACACCUCAGCAGUCUCCCCAGGUGACACAGGGAGAGCCCAAGCCCCCACAGCUGGCCACGGCAUUACCGUUAAGAACUGUCCCUCAGCCAGAGAGCCCAGGCUGGCUGUGUGCACCAUCCACGUCGCUGAUGUCCAGCUUUUUUCUUCCCCUCCUGAGCAAAUCGUCUUGCCCGGGACCUGGGAACAACCAGCAGCAAAGGGAAUGGGUGGCACCAUCGCUGCUGGGACCAUCACGUCCCUGCACAGCCCACACCCGGGGCCCAGGGCCCCUGCAGAAGGAAGGCCGGGCGCCGCCCUCCUCACCCCAAGCUUGCAUCCUGGGCUCACUGAGCACCUUUGCUGAGCACAGCAGGGAAACCCAUGCUGGGCGGCACAUUGUGGAUAGCUUCGUUUCUCCCCCCCCCCCCCAUUUCUUGGAAAAGCUACAGGAUCGCCAUAGGGUACAAUUCCUGGGCACCUAGCUGCAGACAGACAAAAACACCAGGAACCAGGAUUCCAUGCCCACCUCUGCAGUUCACAGAAGGGGUGCCUCAUCCCUGGGUGGAGGGCAAGGUGUGGGUUUUGGUGGUGAGUUUUUUUUUUGGUUUUUGUUUUUUUUUACAUGUAUGAAACUGACAUCUUGAACCUGUCCCACCCCCUCCCGAAGCCCCCAUCACCCACCCCUGUGGUGGGCACCACACUCAUGCCAAGCACCCUGGUCUCAUUCUGGGGUCUUAUAGGGAGGCUUCCCAAAUAUAUGCAAAUCGUCUCCAUCCUUUCUCUGGGUGGAGACACUUGACACCAACCGGGGUGGAGAUGGGGCGUGGGGGAGUAGGAAGACCCAGCCCUACUUGACUGCGGGAGGGGGGAUCCGGAGUCCGUCACCUCCAGGUCUGGAGCCCAGGUUCUGACCCCAGAACCCCACCCUGGACUAGACAAUCAGAUCCCAAAGGACGCCAAAGGGAACUCGAUUGGGAGAGCUGCUUAGAAGCCAGACCUGGACCCCCCGCAGCUCCCCAGGCAGCAGACAAUUCCAGCUUCCCUGCCCCAGGACCUUGUGUCCGUCCCCAGCGACAGCAGCGUCCCAGGCACGGACAGACUGGGCUGUAUGUACCCCACUGUCCCUUGCAAGACAGGUCUUGGAGCCAGGAGCAACUGUCCAGCCCUCCAGAAGAGACAGCAAGCAGGCCUCUCCCACCCUGGCCUCCCCAGUGGUUCUUUGACCUCCAGUGUAGGGCUGUACUAGACAGAUAUAUAUAUAUAUAUGUAAUUUUGGAAUUUGUCAUAAUACAAAAAUAUACAGUGGCCCCCUUUUAUCUUGGCCUGGAUUCUCUCUCUGAGACCCCAGACUUCGCUUGCUUUUUGGAGGGCGCUGGGACAUACAUCUCUCAACCCAGCUUCCUCCGCAUCCUCCCGUCUUUCCCCGUUUCUGCCCCAUUGGACACCUCCUGAGUGUCUCACCUCCAGACCUAUACCACUGCCCAUCCGUCGCUCAGUGGUUCAGUGCCUGGGAUCAGUCCACCACCCUCGGCCUCCCCCCAGGGCAAGGUGAGGAGGCGGACCCAAAGCAACGCCAGCAGGACCUGUCGCCAGUGAUACCAAAACAGACUUCCCAAGCAGUGCCUCGCACGUCCACUGGUGUGGCCUUGAGAUUCUCCUGCCCCCCUUUCCCUGGCAGCCCCUCCCCAAGGCCUUGCUCAUACCUGAGGCGGGAAGGAGGAAGGGACCAAGGCCUUGCUCAUACCUGAGGCGGGAAGGAGGAAGGGGAUCCCACAGGAAUAAGGGCUCCAGAGAGGAAGGACGUCAUGCACCCCCAAGCCGCCACCCCCCCCCAGCCUUCCACGCACAUCUGGCCGGAAGAGAACCCUCCGAAAGGGGGAGAGUGGCUGCCCCAGCCCCUCAGCUGCAUCCAUACCCCAUCCUCUCAUCUUGGGUCCCAGCCAGGCCCCCCCAAAACCAAAGUCCCCUCAAGCCUGGGGUCCCAGCCUGUGCCCCCAGCUUCCUGCCCACCCAGCCCUGAGCACCCUCACACAGGGAAAGAAGCAAAGGCUCUGGGGGGGCCAGGAUGGGACAGGUGAUACAGUGGGGGGUCGGGGGGCAGCAGGGAGGAGGGACGCAGAGGACAUUUUCCUCUUUGGGUAUUUUUUUUUUCUUUUUUUUUCUCCCCCCUUGCUGUUUGAGUGCUGUCGCUUUUCCUUUCCUCUUCCCUUUGAGAAGUUCGUUCGUUUCCGUUUUGUAUUUUACUGAUAUUACCAGGAUAGUUUACUCCUAGCGCCCUGCUUACCGCGCACCGGAUAACACACACGCACACACCCACAGAAAUGCUCGUGAACCCAACCCAGAGAAGGUUCCGGCUGGGGCCGCGCCCUCCCCCUCCUCCUGCUCCUCCCGACAGACAGCGAGGACAGGAGGGGGACAAGGGGACACGCGGGCAGACCUGCCGGCCCUCCCCCCGCCCCGCCCCUCACAUGCUCCCAUCAUAACCUUGUAUAUUACGCAGUCAUUUCGGUUUUCGCAGGAGCGCCUACUAAGUACCAUUUACAGAAAGUGACUCUGGCUGUUCAUUACUUUGUUUGUUUGUUCCCUAUGCAAAAAAAAAAAAAAAGAAAAAAACAGAAAAAAGGGGGAUUCCAUAAAAGAUUCAAUAAAAGAUUUAAAAAAAAAUGUAUAAAAAUUAAAACAAGCUAUGCUUCGACUCUU